AUGGGCGACUACAUCAGCUAUACUGACUAUACUUACUACUACGAAAAUGAAAACAGCACUGAAAAUGGAUCAUCAGUAUACGACAUUGGGUCUACCCUGGACUGUCCAGACUCACGCCUUCGUGGUGCCAACAUCUUCCUGCCCGUUCUGUAUUACCUCAUAUUCUUCACUGGAUUUUUGGGCAACCUCUUUGUGAUCUUGGUCGUGGGCAGCAAAGGCAGGAAAAGUGGUCGCCUGGUGGACACCUUUGUUGUCAAUCUGGCCCUGGCCGACCUCAUCUUCGUCCUCACGCUGCCACUGUGGGCCAUCUCUGCCAGCCAGGACGGCUACUGGAACUUUGGGUCGGCUGGGGAUGUACUGUGCAAGCUGAGCAGCUACAUUAUUGCUGUGAACCGCUUCUCCAACAUCUUCUUUCUCACCUGCAUGAGCAUCGACCGCUACCUGGCCAUAGUGAAGCUGAUGGAUUCGAGGUACCUCAGGAGCAGUCGGUGCAUGCAUGCCACCUGUGCUGCUGUCUGGGUGACCUCCCUGCUGCUUGGCAUCCCGUCUCUGGUGUACAGAAGAGUGGAGUCUUUGGACCAAGGGCAGUCCUGUGUGGAAGAUAAUAGUUCGACUUUUUUCUUCGGCAUGAGCCUGACCAUGGCCUUCCUAACCUUCGUCUUCCCGGUGUUGAUCAUCGUGCUCUGCUACGGCACCAUCAUCAUGCACCUCAACAAGCACUGCAUUGCUGCUGGAAACCCUCGAGCUGAAGCCCGCCGCAGGCACUCCCUCAAGAUGGUCCUCUGCAUCAUAGUGGCCUUCGUGGUGUCCUGGCUGCCCUUCAACAUUUUUAAAGCCAUCAUAAUUGUCUCACAGCUCUCAAAAGCGGAUCUGAGUUGUGAUACGUGGAAAAGAAAUGGGCUCCUGAUCUCGUGCUGCCUGGCCUUCUUCAACAGCUGCGUGAACCCGGCCAUUUACUUCUUCCUGGACCAUCACUUCAGGCGACAGGCUGAGAUCAUGGUGAAGACCUGCCUGGGAAAACCACAUUUACUGCACAGCCACAACUCAUCAGCUUCUUUCACCAAUGCUGGCACUUCAGAGAGCUUUGCAACAAGUGGGAGAACUCAGCUUCAGAUGUUGAAGUAGGAGGAGAAGGAAGGUUAUUCCGUAAAUCUGUGGGUGGUAAAGUCAU